UGUGUAGAAGUUUCCCCGUUGGUCUGCUGGCUCCCCUCACUGCUGGCGUCGCUCUGUUCGCGCGCGCUCACUCGCACCCCUCCUGAACGCUAACUUCCGGAUUAAUUAUUGAAUGUCAUGUAGUUCUCCACUUCCGGGCAGCCCGAUCGACUCUUAUUCCGGCUUACGGCGCCUCGGGAACGGGAUUUAAGUCGUUAUUUCAUCCUGUAAAUCAUUUCGCACGAUGAAGCACUGACGAAGAACUUCAACUGGAGGUGCAGUCAUAUCCCGCUUCCCAUUCAUUACCUGUGACCGACGCUUCCAGAUACGGCUGAUGUCUGGAUGACCUCGUAAAGCCGCGACUGGCGUGGAACAGACUGCUUGGAAGACUUUGACGAAUGUCAGGUCAAACACGCUGCCGAAAGAGAACUGUCGAACGUUAUUAAGUUCACAGAGAAAUAAGCAGUUCUUUCGUCAUCCAUUACGGAAUAUUUCAGUUUCGAAUCUGGAUAGUUUUCUCAUGGUAAUGGCAUAUUACAACAAACUGAAGAUGAUUACUGCAUUGCUUUAGUGUCGAACCAAGCGAUAAUCGUCGAAGAAGCAAAGAGAAACUCUUAAACUUAAUACAUAUAAUUUUUUUUAACAAGGAAAUCAUUAUGGUCUGGUGGUGGUGGUCUGCCAUUGUUCUGAUUUUGAUCUGCUACGAAGAAACUGCAUGUAUCCGAAUAUCGAAAGUCCAGGUUCCGAAGUACCUGGAGGUCGGGUCAUCCGGUGACCUGGACUGCACCUGGCAAGAGGAAAAUGACCAAAUGUACUCAAUAAAAUGGUACCAGGCAGCCCACGAAUUCUACAGGUAUACGCCCACGGCCAGAGAUCCUAUACAGAUAUUCGACACUCCAACUUUGGACGUUGAUCGUCAGAAGUCGUGGGGCGGCAACGUGAGAAUAGCCAACGUCACCCUCGAAGCUGCGGGUCCCUUCCACUGCGAGGUCUCCGCCGACGGUCCGACCUUCCACACGGCCUCUGGGCAAGAUACUCUCAAUAUCAUUGAUUUACCAGACGGUGGCCCAAAGAUACAAGGAAUAAGAACGCAGUAUCUACCUGGGGAGCAGGUAGACCUCAAAUGCAUGACCCUGAGGUCCAAGCCUGCUCCGGAACUCUCUUUUACCGUGAAUAAUGAACAGAUAGUGGCCAGGUGGGCGGACCCUCAGAUCAACACCGAAGAUCGCGACGGCCUAACGACCUCCACCCUCAGGGUGCGGUUCACCCUCACCCCACGCUUCAUCGAACGGGACGGCUACGCCACGGUCCGGUGCAAAGCGGAGAUCCCCGGGUUCUACAUGGACACCGCCGACGAGAUCAUCAGCACCAGAGCACCGUAUCACGCCUCCGUUCUCGACGGAGGCGCUGCCGCAGGUCGUCGAUCUGGGAUCCGAUCAACGUGUGGCAUGGUGCUGGGGACUUUACUAAUAUCGUCUUUGUACCGUCAGGUAUUCUGAACCGGUCGGUUCCAUGUCAUCCGAAGAACGAUUUACACAAUUAGGUUAAUUGCUGUUCCGCUGGAGAGGGGCAGGUCGGAUCUACCUGGAUGCGAUUCCACGCUUCGUAGAAGGGACUCGCUUUUUUGUGUAAGUUUGAAAGGAGAGAGCGAGAAAUGCGAAAGACAAUUAAGGCAAACCUAAAUGGCUCAUUUUACAUAAAAAUGCAAAGGAAAAUGGGGAGAAAGUUGCGUUAUUUUUACACGUCAAUUAUUCCUGUCAGUAAUGUUGCAUUAAUUAAUCAAAAGGAUCCUGUCAUCUAAAUUGGCUAAAUUAAUGGCCCUGUGUAGCUCCUGUCCUUAGAUGCGUAAACACAAGACAAAAGGAUCGUUCAGACAUCAAUGAUUCCAAUUAGUAGUUUGAUAUAUUAGUCACUUGGAGUAUUGUAUAUCUUUCUAGUUAUGAGAAAAUAAUGGCUCUGAUUAGCUCAGGUAAAAGUCACAAGGAACUAUUAGUAAAAAUGUAUAUUAUGCAGAACAACAAAAAGUCAUAUUAAUUAGUUAAUUAAUGAAAUUUUAUGGCUCUUGAUACGGAUGUUAUGUGAAUACUCUCAAAAUAAUUAUGCCUUUGUGCAAAAUUGAUAAGCUACCUUAAUUUCAAUAGCUGCUGCCUCAGUCUUCCUAAGUGCAUUUUUCAAUGUCUUUAUUGAGCUAGAAAAAUUAAUAUUCGCUUUUUCUUGCUUGUAUCUGCGUUUAUUUCAUAUCUUCUCAUCAUCCAAACACUGCACAUUUAUUCUCUGUAUUGAUUACCUUCACAAUAUUUGGUCUUUCUAUCGUUUAAUCAUUUUAACAUUUGUACGUGAAGUACAAACCAGCAAAUAAAAAAAAAUAAAAAAACAAAUAGAAGCGAAAAGAGAAUAUGUCGAAAAGCAAACAGCAAAAAAAAGAGAGAAAAAAAAGAAAAGUUGAGGAAAUGAACGUCGCGACAGACAAAAGAAAGAAAAAGAGUUUUGGGGGAAACAUAACAACAAUAUCCAUUCCACCUGUGGGUGAGAGAAUUAGUGAGGCACAACAGAGGAAAGAAUCAUCUCCCGAAUUGAGGUGAGCACUUCCCAAUCGGCCCUGCGCCGUCGUUAAUCGACCAUUGUCUACUUGAUAUUCCGAGUCAGUGUUUAGGGCCGCGGUAACCCCGAGUGAUAUCUGGGUACAAGAUGAACGUGACCCCCAGAUUGGGUCGUAUUGUUGGGCGCGAUUGUUUCGUUGCCUGAAUACGAUUCCCAACGAGCUCUCGAUUAUCCGGGCUCAUUUGUUCUUCGAGAGCGUGCGCGCGCGUGCCCACAUUUGCGCACAUACAUGUUCUCUCUCUCUCUCUCUCUCUCUCUCUCUCUCUCUCUCUCUCUCUGUUUAAUAAAUGUAAUCUUCUCAUGAAGUGAAAUUUUAUUGGUAAUAAAGUUUAUAAUAAUACUGCAUAUCAUUUCCACGUUACAACAGCAUACUGACUCAUUACACAUAUACUCACACAAAUUACAUGGAUUCACACUCACUCCUGAUAAGUAAUGCAUUCACUAUCUCACAAUAACUCACUCACUUAGGUGCGAUCACCUGUUCACCUUCAUUAACCGAAUCUCACUCUCAAAAACUGAAACUUAUCACUGACUUUAACUCACAAACUCAUUCCAGUAAGGUAACUCACACAAACUUUUGAGGAUGAAAGUUGGUGUGAGCUUACUUUCAUAAUCACACGUGAUAUCUACGCACACUUAGCCACUUGCAUGAGCACAAGCACAAAUUCGUAUUCGUUCAUCAAUGCACUUUCAGACUCACACUCACCACACGAAUCACAUUCACCCACCUGUUCACUCACCGACUCACUCGCUCUCUCUUCUCUCCCAGACCCUAAUCUCACUCAAUUACUGACUCCGAAUCAGUCACGGACUCACACUGACUCUCUCUCAC